AAAUUAUGCCCAUUCUAACAAAGGCAUAUGUCCCUCAGCUUGCAGCACGGGACUUGAGACUGAUGUUGAAUGGAUUGAAACAAACCUGGGACCCUUUUCUCAAUACACAACUUACUCUGACCUCAAAGCCUUCAACCUCUCAGAUGUGAUCAUCCUUGAUUCCUUUUCUCCAACCCAACUAGCUACCUUCCUCCUUGAACCAAACAUCCUAUCCAAUGAAAAUGUUGUAAUAAUGAUUUUCAGAAGACUUGUGUUUUCAGCAUCUAUGGCAAACAUUGAGUCAUUCUUUGAUACAUUUGUUCAUGGUCCAGCUGAACAAAACCAGACAACACUCAGUCCAAGAAUUCGUGACACCAUCCUGAAUCUUACUUUAACAGUUCUUGGCCCAAAACUUUCUAUGUUGAAUGAGGAGGAAUUGAAGUUAUGGUUCCAGGUUUAUCUUCCUCUCUUCCUGCCAAGUGUUGACUCACGAUCAUUUGAAAUUAUCCCCAGAAAUAUUACCUGCAGCUCUUAUCAGGAGAUUCUCAAAGGGUUCAACAACAUUUUCAGUCAACUUUCAGAAGGACAAGUUCAGCUGGUUUUCAUGUUUGCAUUGGACUAUCUCAGGGGACAGUUCCACAGAGGCAUCGCCUGUGUUACAUCUGAUAACAGGCGUUGGCUAGAAGACAACUUUGGCUAUUUCAGAUUUCAAGCCUCCUUCAUGGAUUUUUUGUCUUUAAAGAAUGAUUUCAGAGGAGUGGAAGUUGUGGAUGUUCUCACGAUCAGUCAGCUGAGCCAGCUUGCAACAAUUCCCUCACAGCUAAACGGGAUGCAAGACGUGAGAAAGGUCCUGGGAGCAAUCCAGACAGCUGAUUUUGGUGCUUUCUUUGACACAGUCUCACCAGUGAUUGAGGUCCAGUCUGCCAACUACACACUAGAGGUAAAAUCCUCCUUCCUCCAGACAGUUAUGGAAAGAGGAGUGCUGUCCUUCCCUGCUGUUAGUGAUGAAGAGUUCCUGCAGUGGAUGAGGGUGCGGCUGAGGCCUUUUUUGGUCAAUAUUUCACCUAGUCUGGUAGAACGACUUUUCAGCAUUGGGACAAACAGGAGCUGCAACAGCAGCCAAGAGAUGAUUUCAGUGCUUGAAACUGUGCAGAUGACACUCAGUGGUGAAACCAAGGCAGAGAUCUACAAAAAUAUGAUCCUCUUCUUCCAAGAUCAAACGCCACUAAAGUGUUACAGUGGUGGAAGCUUUUACAUCUUCCUGAAGAACAACUUCCUCAGCUUUGGCUUUCCUGAUGUCCCAUCAUUCAUCUCUCUUCUUCCACCAACACGCAAAUCAGAGCUCCUAAAUACCAUCAGCACCUCAGAGCUGAGUCAGUUCCUCAAUCAGCCUGGCGCAAUCAGUAACAGUUCAGACAUCUGCAUCAUCUUCAGCAACUACAACAACACUCCCUCCUUCCUAGAAAACGAGGACGUCCCAGAUGAUGUGAGGAGGAUCAUCCUUCCCUGUGUUUGGCCUUUGGCUCUGAACAGCAACAGAAGAUCUGAGGUUGAUCUGUGGUUUAACGUACGUUUGAGGAACUAUCUGAGGUUCCUCACCAAGGAUCUCAUCAGCUUCAACAAAGUGCAGAAUUCCUCAUGUCUCGCCUUCCAGAAACUGGUGUUUUUUAUGGGGAAAAUCUUCACAUACACCAGUUCUGAGUUUGGACAAGAAGAUGUGUACACAACCAUCAGGAGCUUCCUGAAAGCCGGCUCUGGAGCCAGAUGCUACAAUCCCAGCGAUCCAGAGCUGAAUUCUACCUCCUGGUUUGUCAGCUACAUCGGCAGCUUUGUUACAUUUAUCACUCUGGAUGAUCUCACCAGCUUUAUCUCCAUCUCUCAGCUGGAGAUAUUCCUGGAGGAUAACUCUAAUCUGGAACUCUUCAACAACACAGCCAUCUCUAAAUACGUAACAGGCUACUACAUCACCCAGCUCUAUGCAUUCAACCCGAACUUCAGUCUAUUCAAGCUUCCAGGCUCUUUAUUAUGUUCCUCUGACAUCCCAAGCUCAGUAUUUUCCUCUCUUACUGAAUCUGAGACGAUGGUCAUCUUGGAAAAACUGAAGACAUUCUGUAAUGGAACAGAAGAUCCUGAGGUAUCUGCAGCUCUGACAUCCACCAUCAAGACCUUCACAAAGGAAACCUUUGAAGAACUUGGCAGUGCCUCUUCAGCACUAACCAAAGACCAGAUUCUUACAGUGUCCUCUUCAGUGCUCAUUUCCUCUUUGUCCACCCUGGGCUCAGUGAAAAACUGGGGCCAGGACCGGGCCACCACUAUCAUCCAGUCCAUCACCUCCUCAGGAUUUCAGGUCAACAGCGCAGCCUCUCUGGAGUCCCUGGGAACUCUUGUUGUUGGACUUCACUCAGAGUCAAUUCAAAAGAUCUCAGCUUCCGAAAUACUCAGCGCCUCCAAGAAGCCCAACGUCGUUUCCAACAUGCUGGAAGCCUCAAAGGUUGUCCAGGAGACUUUUGUCAGAAAGAUCAUUUCUGUGGACCCAAAUCCAGUUAAAUUGGUGGAGAAUGUCCCUGAUGUCCUAGCACAUGAGAUCCCACCUUCACUGCUGGUGUUUUCUGAGAGCACAGUCAACAUCAGCAUGAUUAACAAAAAGUCAUGGACUCCAGAUCAGUCCGCCAUGUUUAUUUGGACAUUGGGUGAAUCAGGCUUUGACAUCGAGCAGCUUUCACCGUCUGUGCUACAAGGCUUCAGUUGUUCAUCGGUUCAGAAAAUGUCUAAAACCAAAAUCAAGCAGAUGAUCCGUGCCUGUCGACCGAGGAAAGGCAGAGCCAAAGUGGACCUGAAGGAACCUCAGCUGACCUGCAUGUACAACCUGAUCCGUGGCGACCUCUCUCAGAACUUCACUGAUUACCCUUCGGACAUGCUUCUCUACUUGGACUCCGAAAAUGUCCAGAAAGCAAACUGCAGGUCCUACUUCUCUGCCCUGGGUGCUACAGACUUCUCUGUGGCCUCCAGCAUCUUGAACAAGGGCCCAAAGAAGUUCAGGGAAGCUAGAGACUGCUUGGGGAUCAGUGGUGUCAGCCUGAGCAGAGACAAUGUGGAGGUCCUGGGGAACAUGGUCUGCACUUUGGAUAGAUCUGACAUUGAGAACUCGGAUCCUCUCAUCCUGGAAAAACUCAAAGCCUGCAAAGACCUCUCUGCCAGCCAAGUGGCUGCUAUGGAAACACUGCUGCUGUCUGGGAAAACACAAUACGGAUAUGUAACCAACUGGGACCAGCAAACACUGGAGGAUCUCAAGAUACUUCCCCUCUACUUUACAAGAACCUUCUGGGACCGGUUUACAAUUUCAACAAAGAAGAAAUUCCUUAAGGGUUUUCUUCCAGACUUAAGGAAACAAAAUCCACACAAGAACAAGCUGAAGUAUCUCUUCAAACACAUCAACCCAGUUUUAGUAACACAAGGAGAAGGAUGCACUGAGGGCAACAUCACCCAGGUGACUGUUAGCGACCCGUCUUUCCCCUUUGGCUACGACGUGACGCAGUUCAACCUCUGCCUGGACAUUUCCGUUCUAAAAGAUAACCUCUACACUAUCUGCCAGAAAGUGGAUGACAAUGACUUCCAGAAAAUCAUUCUGAAGAAGCUCAACCAGGCAUUCCCAUCUGGAGUUCCUGAUCAGGAAGUACAGAUGCUUGCUUCAGUCUCUCGCUCAGCAACACUUGAUGACAUCUCUAAGUGGAACAUCACUGAACUGGAUACCUUGGCAGCUCUGAUGAAUCCUGAAGAUGGAACAUGGGAGACGGCACAGAGCAAAGCAAUCAUCACCAAGUACCUGAAUGCCUCUGGAAAUUCACUGGACAGCAGUGAACUAAACAUUAUUGACUCCAACUUGUGCUCACUGGACAUCAGCACGUUACAGACCAUCACAGCAGACAGCAUGAGAAAUACCAAGCAUCUGGAUGUGGCAUCAUGUUCAACUGAGCAGAAGAGGGUCCUCUAUGAGAUCAGCAACACCUCCUUCAGCGUCCAUAGAGAUAAUCCGAUUAACUAUUACAACCUGGUUAAAGGCUAUCUAGGUGGAGCAUCUCUGGUUGAUAUAAUAUCUUUGUCAAAACAAAAUAUAAGUAUGGAUGUGAAAACCUUCAUGAAACUAAACAUCAAUGUUAUAAAUGAUUUAACGGCUUCCAACGUCCAGAGACUCAUGGGGGAACAUUUACCGGACCUAAAGUUGUUUGAGAACAACACUGUGAUUCAGAUGUGGGUAAACAUGCAACAACAAUCAGAUCUAGACAGAAUGGGUAUUGGUCUAUCUACCAACAGCACAAUCCCUCCAACUACAACACCCACCCAGAAAAGGACUUUUACAAGUGCUGGAACACGUUCUGACACGCAAACAAUGACAUCCCUGACCAGCUCUGACAUACCAGCACAUACAACCAUAUACAGUUCAACCAUUCAUACUGGAAGCACCUCAUGGAGGACAACUAACACUGUAACCAGUGCUGGAACAUCAACAGGUAAUUCUGUAACUACUGUUGGAACAACAACUGUGAGUGCCGAGUCUACUCUGUUCACAACAGAAGCAAAAGUUUCAAGCAGUACUGGAACUUCAACGCAAGAUGCUGGAACAAUCACAAUCUUAGAAACAACUGUUGGAACAAGUUCCUUGAUAUCAAAAAAUAACAUGGCAACAAGUGCUGGGACAUCAACAGGAGAUGCAUUGACUAGAGGAAUAACAGAGGCGUCCUCACAGGGGGUUUUCACUGCAACAUCAUCAUCAACAGGUGCUCCAACUGACUCUUUGACAACAUCUCCAGAUGAUGAAACUACCACUGGCACAAGAAUGCCUUUUCCCACAACCAGUUCUGGAACAAUGAUGCCUGUAGUUACAACUACUAGUGGGAUGUCAACAACUAGUGCAGCCACAGGAAGUGAGACUCAGUCCGCUCUUAAAAUCAGUGCUACCACAACAACAAAGCAAACUUUAACCAGUCCAGAACUAUCAAACACUGCAACCAGUGCUGGAACAUCAACAGGUAAUUCUGUAACUACUGUUGGAACAACAUCUGUGAGUGCCGAGUCUACUCUGUUCACAACAGAAGCAAAAGUUUCAAGCAGUACUGGAACUUCAACGCAAGAUGCUGGAACAAUCACAGUGAUGGUGACAACUGAUCGAACAACUGUGAACGUCGUAGAGGAAUAUUUUUCUGAACUGUUUCAGAAGUAUGUCUGA